AAAGGUCCGUUCUUAAAUGUGUCCGUGUCCAGAACCAUAUUGUACUGCCAGGUUGUAAACCCGGGCAGUAAUAAAGGAUGCACCCAGUUCAGUUGUUGUAGCAACGACGACGCAGUAAAUGUAAAAGCUAUAGGUGACGGCGUUUGUAUGCAGUAGUGUACACAGAAGUGGUAACGACACUGAAAUGUUAGCUUAAGUAUCACUUUAUUAAUCGAAUUUAAGUUGAACAGUGAACAGCUGUGUGUCUUCUGAACAAAGUUAGCUUUAAGUUAGCUUAAACUAUUACACAGUCCAGUUAGCCAUUAGCAUUGAGUUGCUGAAGACCCACAGAAAACCUGUAGAAAAACUGCAUUACGUGAGAUGUUUCUCCCUAUUCAGCAGGAGUUUUAAGCAUAGUUUGUCUGACUCCUGGUAUUUAGCAUGUCCGCGGUUACCAGCCUUGUUCCAGCACGGUUCCUCACCAUCAUCGCUCAUCUUGUCAUCGUUAUAACCAUUUUUUGGUCGAGGGAAAACAAUGUAAAGGCCUGCUUGCCUUUGGAUUUCACUCCAGAACAAUAUGCUAAUGAAGACAAAAAGUUGGUGGUGGGACUAGCAGUCACUCUGGGGCUGUUUGCUAUAGAAUUGGCUGGUUUCUUCUCAGGAGUGUCCAUGUUCAACUGCAGCCAGGGUCUCCUGUCACUGGCUGUCCACUGCAGUGCAGCUGUCUCCUUGUCUUUUUUUGUGUUUGAAAAGUGGGAAUGCUGGACAUACUGGGUUAUAUUUGCCAUCUGCAGCGUGCUUCCUACAUUUGUGGAGAUUAUCCUGUUUAUCGCUGUUUUUGGACUCAAGAAGAAGCCUUUAUAACUGAUAUGAAUUGUUCAAAAUUAGUAUGUUAGUAUGUUUUUGAACAUUAGUUUCAGUUAAAGGUCUUGAAUUGUUAAAAUUUCCAGUGAAGAGUAUUUUUUAAAAAUGUGUUUUCAUAUAUUGUAAAUGAAAUAGCUGCAUCAUUCACAUUGUAAUUUUUACCUCUAACUUGUCAGGUUGGUUAGUUUUUUAAGGAUGUCUACCAAAAAAUGUCUAUGUAUAAAUAAUUAGUUUCUUUUCUACUGCUGCUUCGAUUUGAAAUACAUUUUGUAACUUAAAUUACUCCACU